CAUAAAAUUUUCAAGUGCUCGGUCACGGCUUGAUUUGAGCCCGACGGAUGCCUCCGGUUUUGGGGGCCAAUCUUUCGUCUUUGUCACCAGCCAAUUAUUCCGAGGAAUCGCACUCAACCAGAAUGUUCCUCUCCUAUUGUGGAUCUGUGGCUGUGACCAUGUUUGGUCCCGCGCUACAACGUAGUUGGCAUAUUUCGUUGAUAAAUGCCAACUACUUACUGUGUUUUCAAAAAGCUGAAAAGGCGCAUCGAUUCUGCUCCACUUCAGUCAAGUUGCACAUGCUUAAUCGACAGCUUUCCAAUCAAAAUUCACUCUGACUUGGAUGACCUCUGUUGAUAGGUGCAACUUAUAAUCUACCAGUUCCAUCACAAUGUCGAACUCUAUGAUUGCGAAGCCCUUGACGCUGAAAUGCGGUCUCACUCUACCGAAUCGCUUGACAAAAGCCGCCAUGGCUGAAAACUGGGCCGACAGCGACGGCUUGCCCACCGAUGCAUUACAUGCAUCUUAUGGCGAAUGGGCAGACGGCGGCUGGGGACUUAUCAUGACCGGCAACGUGCAAGUUGAUAUCAAGCACCUGGGCCAGGCAAAGGACAUCGCGUACAACGACACAAUUCCCUAUGCGCGCAUGCUUGAAGCCUGGAAGGCCUGGGCCGAUGCUUGCAACCGCAACGGCACGCCGACCAUCGUGCAGAUCAACCACCCCGGUCGCCAGUCGCCUCUGGGCGCGGGCAAGCGCGGGUUUAUGGAGAAGACCAUGGCCCCCAGCCCGGUACCGCUGGAUCUCGGCUCCGGUCUCGUUGCUCGCCUCAUCAACGGGCUGGUCUUUGGCACACCGCGCGAGAUGACCGUCGCCGAGAUCCAGGACGUCGUCCGCCGCUUUGCGCAGACGGCCAAGUUGGCGUCCGAUGCUGGCUUCGCCGGUAUCGAGAUCCACGGCGCCCACGGCUACCUGCUCGCCCAGUUCAUGUCCGAUAGAAUCAACAAGCGCACCGACGCCUACGGCGGCUCUCCUGCCGCCCGCGUCAAGAUCGUCGUCGAGAUCAUCCGCGCCAUCCGCGAGGUCGUCCCCAAGACUUUCUGCGUAGGCAUCAAGUUCAACUCUGUCGACCAUCAGUCGCAAGCGGAGCUCGACGCGUGUAUCGAGCAGCUGAAACUGAUCACCGAAGCCGGCGUUGACUUCUUGGAAGUCAGCGGUGGUUCGUACGAAAACCCUGUGAUGUUUAGCAAUAACGACAACGAGAAGAAGUCAGACCGUACCAAGGCUCGCGAGGCCUUUUUCCUGGAGUUCGCCCGGGUCAUCCGCCGCGACUUUCCCGAUGUUCCCUUGAUGGUGACUGGUGGUUUCCGCUCACGCCAGGGCAUGGAGGAUGCACUCGCUAACAACGGCUGCGAUCUCAUCGGGCUGGCACGGCCUGCCGUCCUGAACCCGGCUCUGCCGAAGAACACCAUUCUUGCCGACACCGUCAAGGAUGAGGAUGCCAAGCUAUAUGCUAGGAAGAUUGAGGCCCCUUGGAUAUCCCAAAGGGUGGGUAUGAAGUUCAUCGGUGCUGGUGCCGAGUCGUCUUGGUACUCGGGCCAGAUUCGCAAGCUGAGCCACCAAAAAGCUUGAAGACCAAGACUAUACUCAUGUUUGUUGGAAAGUGACAGGGAUAAGAGGUGUAUACCAUCAUGAUACCAUAGAAGCCAUUUGAACUUGCGAUGGAGUUUGACUCAUUGCUACAAGCCUAUCUUUUUUUGACAUGAUAAUUUAGUUAUGACGCAUUAUGUUGUUAAUAGUAUAUGAGAAUACCAAUCGCUGUGCUAUUGCCGACCCGUAGACUAGAAAUUCCGUUCCCAGAAUCAUUGAACUUUCGACUUUGAUGUAAGGAGAAUUGACUUAUAAGGAG